UUUCCCACCAUGUUUGCCGCAUCAGAAUUGCAUGGUAACCACCUAAUCUCCUCCACAAAUGUUUCAAUCACGCGGCUCCCAUUUCAAGCCACGCUGCUGAUAGAUUCUUCACUCCUAGCUUGCUGGAUCAGUAAUUCCCUGUCAACCAGAAGCAUCAUGUUCAAACCUCGCGACUUAGUUAAAAGUCGGUCGCACAACAGAGAGCACCCCACUCUCUGCAAUUCAUACUCGCAACAGCCAUCUCAGGCUACUUUAAAAACAAAACAUUGGUGUAACGUUUUAACGCUGCUAUUUUCAAGCAACAUUGUUACAAGUAGCCUAGAAGGUGUUAUCCUUCUAGAAUGA